AUGUCUCUCUUCACAAAUGAUCUCGACGACUUGAAUGAGGACAGUUUAAACUUGGAUAAUACAGAGGAGCGUUGGACGGAACCCUUAAAUCCAGGAACGAAUUCUACACUGAUUUACAAGCCUGCUGUGUCAAAGACUGGACACAAUCGAACCAUAAUCCACUUUGAUAUUGAUUGUUUCUAUGCACAAGUUGAGAUGUUGCGAAAUCCAGGGCUCCAAAAUAAACCUCUAGGCAUACAGCAAAAGAAUAUUGUGGUCACAACAAACUACAUUGCCAGAAAGUGUGGUGUCCCAAAGUCCACUUUUGUUAGUGAUGCCAAGAAAAUAUGUCCGAAUUUGGUACUCGUAUGUGGAGAAGACCUUACUAACUAUCGCCAGAUGUCAUAUACAAUUUCAGAGUUUUUCCAGAAGUACACUCCUUGUGUUGAGCGUCUGGGUUUUGAUGAAAAUUUCAUUGAUGCUAGUGAGCUGGUGCAGAUGAGGCUGCAGAAUGGUACAUAUAAGCAGGAAUUUGUUGGCCAUGUCUACCAUGGAAAUCAAGGUCCUGACAGAUCACAUUGCAGAUGUGGCUGUGAGCUGAGGCUACAGAUUGGUUCUCAGAUUGCUGCUGAAAUCAGGGAGGCCUUACACAAGGAGAUAGGCAUCACAUCAUGUGCUGGGAUUGGCCAUAAUAAACUGCUAGCCAAAGUGAUCGCUGGAACUCAUAAACCCAAUCAGCAGACAACAGUUCUGCCUCACUUAGCUCUGGAUUUGCUGUCUUCUUUUUCGUCUGUACUUUGUAUUCCUGGUAUUGGGUACAGAACAAGCCACAGACUGAAUGCACUGGGUAUCUCAUCAGUUGCAGACUUGCAGGCGGCUGACAGAAGAGUAUUGGUGAGGGAGUUUGGACCACAGAUGGCACAGCUGAUGGAUCAGCUCAGCCAUGGGGUUGAUGACUCUCCAGUUGUAGCAUACAGCCAACCACAGACUUUGAGUGAUGAAGAUGCUUUCAAAUGCUGUAAAGAUAUUGCAGACGUGGAGCAGAGAAUCAAGGAAUUAACAUCAAACCUUUUAAAACGGGUUGCUGAAGAUGGAAGAAUACCUCAGACAGUUCGAUUGACAGUCAGACGAGUCCCAAAUAAAUACCACAGAGAGACCAGACAAUGCCCAGUUCCUAGAAAUAUCUUCACAAAGUUUUUGCACUUGGGUGUGUCCGAGGAGGUAGUUGAACGACUGACGCCAGUCCUAAUGAACUUAUUCAGGAGAUUAGUGGAUCCUUUCAAGCCUUUUCAUUUGACACUGAUUGCUGUUUGUUUUGCCAAGCUGAAGCCAGCUGAUGAGCUAAGAGGAAUUGGUACCUUCUUCACAAAAGCAGAAACACGUUCACCAUGUGCUGAAUCUAAACUGGUUACAGAUAAAGCCACAGACAGUCAAGCUGAAAGUAAACAUAAUUCAAACUCAAAGUUUUCCUCAGCAGAACUUGAGCUUAAAGCAAAAGUUAAAACUAUGAAGCAUUUCUUUUCCUCGCCAAAUACUGAACUUCAUUCAGUCUCUCUACAUAAAUCUAACACAGCUGGUUGGAAGGCAUCACAGCUGUCACAGUCUCACAGAUCCAAUUCUUCCUUGCCAGUUACUGAUGCUUCAAUUGUUACUGAUGUGUCAUUGACAACAGAAGCUUCAUUAGCAGUUACUGAUGUCCCACUGACAAUGGUACCUGCAGCACAAACUGAUAUUUCACUAACACGUAUGCCAUCAGCAACUUUAGUUCCACAGACAACUAUACCUUCAGUAAUUUUGGUUCCACUGACAACUAUGUCCUCAGCAACCUUUGUUCCCCUGACAAAUACGCUGUCAACCUUAGUUCCACUGACAACUAUGUCCUCAGCAACCUUUGUUCCCCUGACAAAUACGCUGUCGACCUUAGUUCCACUGACAACUAUGUCCUCAGCAACCUUUGUUCCCCUGACAAAUACGCUGUCAACCUUAGUUCCACUAACGACUAUGCCACCAGCAACAACCGAUGCUCCACUGACAGCCAUGCCACAAGCAACAUAUGAUGAACUGCUACCAGAAACAGAUCAUCUAUUGACAGAAAGUGAUGCCUGUGAAAGAUCACUUAUCCAAGGCAGCAUAAAACGACAGACUACUACCAGUAAUAUGAAUCUCUCACAGCUUGCACCAAAAGGCAGCAUCCCAGAUUUCCCCAGAACUCAACUUCUAAAAGAUGUAAUGACAAUUCCCCACACAGAAGCAUUACCACCUGACCUCCCUGGUUACAGUUUGGAUAUAAAAGUACAUUCCUUAGAAGAAGACUGUUUACAGAAGCUGUUAUCUGCCGGCAUUGAUGUGGAAACUAUUACAGAACUACCCCUGGACAUACAGAAUGAAGUUCUCUUACAGUACGGCAUAUAUGUAGAGGACCUUCCAGAAGGGAGAAGGUUCAAUUACAUUUCUGACAAGGUCAGAACCAGAUCAGGUAACACACCAAAACUGGCUACUGUCAAGACAAGGUGUGUGCAUAGUAAACAAAGAAGCUCAAAACGGAAUCUAGAAAAGACUUUGUUGGAUGCUGAAGUUGUUGAUAGACUUUCAAAACAAAGGAAAAUUUUCUGCAGAGAUGAUGGGACUGCAAGUAAUGAGUCAUUGUGGAAAGUAUCUUUGACUGAAACUGGUAAAGAUUCAAGGGGCAUGGAGGCUUUAUGUGGAAGAUAUGGAGUUGAAGAAACACUUUUAUCAGAUGUAAUUGAAGACCAGCAGCAUCAUCUAGAGAUGACUUUAGGACAUUCUUUAACAGUAACAGAUGAACAGCCCAGGAGAAGAAAUACACUAAAUACACUUUCUUUAUGUUCAAAUAUUUCUCAGUUGACAGAUAAAGAAUCUGAUUGUGUUAACAUAUUCCAUUUGCCAAGAAAAGAUUCUGAUAAAGAGCUUGAUUGCAAUAGUAUUUCUGAUGUGCCAGGAAACGAUUUUGACGUUAUGAAUGUUUCUCAGUUGUUACUUAAAGAUUGUAUGAAUAUAUCAGGACAAGUUUCCGAUAGCAUGGAUAUUUCCGAACUGUCCGGAAAAACGUCUGAUUGCAAUAGUAUUUCUCAUUUGCCAGGAAACGAACCUGAUGGUGUCAGUAUUUCCCACGUGCCAGAAUAUGACUUUUCUGCGUUGCCACCUCAGCGUACAAACAAGGAAGUACCAAAUAGAAACAUUGACAUUUGUGCUAUGGAAUUAGGCCUGCCACAGAGCAACUCACAACUGACAUCUGACUGCAGGGGUGAGUGUCAGGAACCAGUAAGACACACAUCUCCAGCUGACAUUCUCCCACAGCCCUGCGGUAGCAUAUCUUCACUUUCAAAUGUGAGAAAAGCUCAUUGCAGAAGACUUCCUGACAGCAUCGACUCUGAGGUGUUUUCAUCUUUGCCUAGUAAUAUACGUGGGGAGAUAAUGGCGCAUGUUGUGAUGGGGACAUUAGAUUCGGCCUGUGGUCAGCAUCGCAAGUUUUUGGCUCCAGACCACAAAAGAAAUCUGAAGCAGGCUAGGGAUACCAAAGCAAAGAAUCAAAAUUCCCUUCUGACUUACUUCAAGAGGGACAAUACAGAUGCCAAGUGA